UCCGAUUCGUGACUGCUUUUAAGCGGCUAAAGUCUGGCUAAGCCGGAUAGCUUCCGUCACCAAAGGGAGCUGUUCAACCCAGCCACUAAACCCACCGUUGUCUCGAGGAGCAAUAAAGCCAAGAUGAGAUCCAGACUUGCACUGGUGCCAGACGUGUUGCGAUGCGACGACCAACCUCCUGCUUACAUUGUCGUACCACGAAACGGAAGUGCACCAAGUUGACUGGUGCAGCUUCCUGUGAGCAAUGCAUUCGUGCAAACAUCGUCUGCUCGCUAGUCCGCUGUUCUGGAGUCCGAGGAGCCCAGAAUGUGCUAGCAUCUGCCCCAGAACCACCAUCGAGUAACCAAGAUGAAAGCAUAGUGGUGACCAUGUCCGACACAGUCGUCGAAGAGUUGGUUCGCGAGUACUUGACCUUCAUCCACGACAGACCUCACAGCCUGUUUCAUUGCGCAACCCUGUGGUCGGAUAUCCACAGCAACCAGAUCUGUAGAUACUUGUUGUAUGCGAUCUGUAGUCUGGGAGCCAGUCUCUCGUCGGAACCUGCGCUACGCCAUCUCAGAUCAAGGCUCUUCCAGGCUUCGAAAGAUCUCUUGCUGGCGGAUCUGGAAGAUAUAUGUCUAGCAAAGAUACAGACGUGUUGUCUACUUGCCAAUAUAUCGGGAGCGGAGUUAAACACUCAGUCCGAGACUUUGUUCCUUGGCCUUGCGAACCGAAUGGCUCAAAUGCUGAAAUUACAUACUAUUGACCAGGCCGACGUUGCUGUUGAUAGGGAGGUCAAAAGUAGAGUAUGGUGGACCCUUGUCAUGGCCGAUAACUGGUGUUCCAAUGGCCUCGGUCUACCCCGUCAGCUCGAGAGUCAACAGUCGAACGUCGAUUUACCUGCGGACGAGUAUCUUUUCCAAAGCUCAUCUGCCGAUGAUACUCCAGACAGUCCAGCGACCUCCCGCCGGGGCCUUUGGGCAUACAUGAUCACCCUAGUCGAUCUAUUCGGACCGAUCUACGAGCUGAACCGGAGACUUGUUCAAGACCAGCUGGCGGAGAAUCUCGCCGAGCAAACGGUUUUGCUACUUUCGGAGCAAUUUGACGACUGGAAAGCCACUUUACCAGAUCAUAUGCAGAUUAACGACUCGAAUCUAGAGUAUCACAUUGAAAGGAACCUGGGAGGCUCCUUCGUAGCUUUGCAUCUCGGCUAUUUUCACUAUCAGACACUCCUGUAUUUCCAAUUCCUUGACCUACAGCGGCCGAGAUCUCUGAUCUCCGACUCCUUGGCGAGGCGUUGCAAGGAGUGUGCUCUCUCUUAUAGCCGCUUGCUAGCGACAACUCGAGAUAGAGGGUCAUGUGAGGCUAUCUAUGUUACUGUGGGACAUAUGACCGUCAUAUCUUCAGCGGUAUUGUUACAUACCUUGCUAUUCGGUCACGACGAUGAAGUGCCUGAAGCACGGCACAAUCUCACCACCAACUUCUCUGCUUUGAUCGAUCUGAAGCAGUAUUGGCCGGGCUUGGACAAGAUCAUCUCUCGACUCUCGAUCUUCCAGGCGGCAUGUUUAAAUUCGACCAAGUUGAACACGCAUCACAUUGAUCAAUGGAUGGUCCGGUUCUUGUUAGAGCACUCGUUGCCACUGGAGGAACGUCCUGAACAGGACCUCCUUGAUGUGACCAACGGUCCAUUGCAUCCAACUCAAGUUCGGACUACUGCCGCCAGUGACGCUAUUGCAUGUCUGUGGCCCUGGUUGUGAGGCUUUUCGAAUUCGGCUGAAUCACCGAGUUCGUGGCCCAUCGUUCGAAGUGAGAUCUCCUUUGUCCUCAGCAGCGCAACCGAGCGCAUUUAGCCCUGUUCUAUAUCAUUAAAGGAUGCUUGCCCGCUAACAACAUCAUCCCGAAGCCACUAGAAUGUGGAGUUGCGGAGAAAACGUGUGGAGGAUCAUGUUUACUCCGCAUGGCGUCGGCUUUCGAAGCCUGUUUAGCGGCUUUGUCAACAUAUGAUUGGACCAUUUCCUUCGCCUCAUUGCGCCUACCCCAAAUCUGGAGUCAAACUGAAUACAGUAACCCGGGCACGAAUACAUAACUAUCCCCUCAUACGCUUGGAUAUCACGACACGCAUCGCAUCGCACUAUCAUCAUCCUUAGGGACGACAAGGACACCCACGCUACCACGGCACAGUCACUCGAGCUAGAGAAGAGCACUCAGGCUAACACGAUUGAUGUUGAUCAGUCUC